GGGACAGCGCCGGACAUGCGGCCGCGCGGGGGAGGGGCUGCGGACGGCGGGACCACCAGGGGUGGCACCGGGACCUUCCUUGGUGGCACCGGGACCUUCCUUGGGGACAUUUCCCACGGUGGUGGCACUGGGACCUUCCUUGGUGGCACUGGGACCUUCCACGGGGACACCAGGACAUCCUGUGGUGGCACCGGGACCUUCUGUGGGGACAUUUCCCAUGGUGGUGGCAUCUCCCAUGGCUUCGGUUCCCACGGUGGCAUCUGCAACAGGGACAUCUCCAGCAGUGGUGGCAUCUCCCAUGGUGGCAUCUCCAAUGGUGACAUCUCCCAUGGUGGCAUCUCCCAUGGUGGCAUCUCCCAUGGUGACAUCUCCCAUGGUGGCAUCUCCAAUGGUGACAUCUCCAAUGGUGACAUCUCCAGCAGUGGUGGCAUCUCCCAUGGGGACAUCGCCUAUGGUGACAUCUCCCAUGGUGACAUCUCCCAUGGUGGCAUCUUCCACAGUGACAUCUCCAGCAGUGGUGGCAUCUCCCACGGUGGCACUUCCCACAGGGACACUUCCCACGGUGGUGGCAUCUCCCAUGGCUUCGGUUCCCAUGGUGACACCUGCAACAGGGACAUCUCCAACGGUGGUGGCAUCUCCCAUGGGGACAUGUCCAACGGUGGUGGCAUCUCCCACGGGGACAUGUCCAAUGGUGACAUCUCCAGCAGUGAUGGCACUUCCCACGGUGGCACUUCCCAUGGGGACAUCUCCCAGAGUGACAUCUCCAGCAGUGGUGGCAUCUCCCACGGUGACGUCUCCCACGGUGGCAUCUAUCAUGGUGACAUUUCUGGUGGUGGCAUCUCCCAUGGUGGCAUCCUCUCCCAUGGGGACAUCUCCAGGAGUGGUGGCAUCUCCCAUGGCAUCAUCUCCCACAGGGACAUCUCCCAUGGGGACAUUUCCAACGGUGACAUCUCCCGUGGUGGCAUCUCCCAUGGGGACAUCUCCAAUGGGGACAUUUCCAACGGUGACAUCUCCCAUGGUGGCAUCUCCCAUGGCUUUGUCUCCCACGGUGGCACCGGCAACAGGGACAUCUCCAGCAGUGGUGGCAUCUCCCAUGGUGACAUCUCCCAUGGUGGCAUCUCCCAGGGUGUCACUUCCCAUGGUGGCACCUGCAACAAGGACAUCUCCCACGGUGGUGGCACCUCCCACAGUGACAUUUCCCAUGGUGGUGGCACUUUCCGUGGUGGUGGCACCUCCCAUGGCAUCGUCUCCCACGGUGACACCUGCAACAGGGACAUCUCCAACGGUGGUGGCACCUCCCAUGGUGGCACCUCCCAUGGCAUUGUCUCCCACGGUGGCAUCUCCUCUCAUGGUGACUCUGCCUCUGGUGGCUUCUGCCAUGGUGGCAUCUCCCAGGAGAGUGACAACUCACAUGGUGGCAUCUCCAACGGCGGUGGCAUCUCCCACGGGGACAUCUCCAAUGGUGGCAUCUCCCAUGGGGACAUCUCCUAUGGUGACAUCUCCCAUGGUGGCAUCUCCAGCAGUGGUGGCAUCUCCAAUGGUGGCAUCUCCCAUGUGGUGGCAUCUCCCAUGGUGA